GCCCUCCCAGUUUGACAGCCUUCCUCUCUCCCGUGCUGCAGCCGCUGCCGGUGCCGUCAUGAGGGCUGUGCUCUGGGACCUGCUUCUGCUCUGCCUCUUUGCCCGGGCGCGGGGGGACUGCCGGGGGGACUGUCUGCACUGUGACCGCCACCUGUACCGGGACAGCUUCGAUGUCCUCAUCUGCAUCCUGGAAUGCGAAGGCGAAGCUGUGCCACGGGCCACCUGGGAGAUGUGUGCCGCUGCUGCCGGCCGAGCCGCCCCACGGCCCCGCGACCUGCAGGAUGCUGGUGAUCCCUGGCACGAGGCGGUGCCGGUGGCACCGGCAGCACCGCUGAACCCGCUGCAGGUGAGCGAGCUGCUGCGGCGCCGGGAAGCGGAAGACGAAGGGGUGGAAGGGGCACCCGAGGACAUUUCCCGACGGCUCGGCAGUUUCCCGCGGGGGACACGAGGCGGCUCGUGGCCGGUGCCGACGGCCAAAGGGGUGCAGAAGCGGUAUGGGGGCUUCAUCGGGGUCCGCAAGUCGGCGAGGAAGUGGAACAACCAGAAGAGGUUUAGCGAGUUCCUGAAGCAGUACCUGGGCAUGUCACCCCGCUCCAGUGAGUACGACAUCGCUGGCGGCAUCAGCGAGCACAACGAGAUCUAACUGGAGACCCCCUGCCACCCGGCGAGGUCCGCCAUGGCCAAAAAAGUCAACCCUCUACCCCUCCACGCCACAUGUCCAUAGGUGAAAGUUUAAAAGGGGGCCAAAAAAUUUGGGGAAAUGGCUUGGAAAGGCCCAAUUGGAGACCAGGGGAGGGCGUCCCUCAGCAUCUGGAGGGUGCUGGGGGAAGGCCCCUGGCUGUCAGCUCACCACCACCGUCACCCAGUGAGGAGGAUGGGCAGAAGGGUUCUGCCCUCGGCAGCAAAGGGCGCUGAAGGAUUGGUUGAGCCCCU